CAGAAUAAAACUGAUUGUAAGCAGUUGUUGUUUAGAAAAAAGUCCCAGAAAUAAUGAAAGCAUUUUAUUUAUCCUCGAAUUUGUAGUUAUUUACAAAACAAUUUUAUUAUAUAAUUGCUUCAAUUUGAAAACACAAACUUAAAAAUGGAGAAAGAAGUAAUGGACAUUAGUAAUGAAACAAUAGAAGAUAAUCAAGAAAAACCUCCACCACAACCUCUUCCCCCGCCCCCUAUUGUCAGGGUGCCAGUAAAACACACAAAUCUCGGAAUUCGAAGUCAUGCAAUGGACAUGAGCACAAUGGUGGAACUAACAUCCUUCAGUACUUUAGGAAAAAUUCAACCUUUUUUAGUGACAAUUUCCGCAACUGCGGCACUUCUUGUUGACCUACAUUGUCACUUAACUGAUAAAGAAGUCUGUGGUUACUUAGGAGGACACUGGGACAUCAAUUCUCACACCCUUUCGAUAUUGGGAGCAUUUCCGUGUCGAUACGCGGGCAAAGAUAAAACAGCAGCAGCUGUUGUUGAAGCGGAAAUAGCGAGGGCUAUGGAAUGGAAAAGAAUGAUUUUGGUCGGUUGGUAUCAUUCUCAUCCCCGGACACAUGCAUCACCAUCACUCAGAGAUGUGGAUUCUCAGCUCGAUUAUCAAAUUAAAAUGAAAGGCCUCAGUGAUAAUAGUUACACACCUUGUGUCGGUCUCGUAUGUUCUCCCUAUAAUACUGAUGGCAAUUGCUACGAAUCUAAUUUCAACAUUUUUUGGUCUCUUCCACCGCCGGAAAAUAGACCCCAUGAAUAUCCACGACCAAUGCUUUUGAGUUACACUUUGUCUCAGGAGCAAUUUCUCUCACAAGACGCUUUAGAAGAGAUUAAAAAAUGUAUCGACUAUUACAAAUUGGAAGGUGGGAUCGAUUUCAAAACCAUAUUCAAUGGCAAUACGACUUAUCUCGAAAGGUUGAGGAGUUCUUUGCAGUCAAAAUUACCCGGCCGAAAUCGAACGAACGGAUCGUAUUGGGACGCAAUUCGAGAAAUGAUAUGUCCCGGUAUGGAGGGACCUUUUUCAAAUUCACUAAAUCAAAUGGAUCCGUUUAUAAUGAAAUUCCCCUUAGUUCCCGAGCAAUUAUUAAAACCAAAUGCAAUGAACGCGACGGGAAAUGUUUUCCUCACACCAUUGAAUUUCAAACCGGACAAUUCAAAUUCCAUUGCCUCUAUAACAAAACAAUUCGGCUCGCAUCAUCAUCAAGGAAAAGAUUCCCAAGACACUGGACUCCUGAAAUCAGAUCUUCUCAAACAACAAUCACAUCUUCUUCAAACCGAUUCAAUUCCCACUUUCAGAGCCGGUGAAUUGACCGUGUCACUGAAAAAUACAAAAAAUGAAUACGAAUACACACCACCGGAUUUCACGAAAACACUAAAUCUCCCAGGUCUCGAUCCUGGAAAAUCGAGAACAUCCGAUUAUCCCCUAACCGAUUGUCUCACGCAACAAAUGACCAAAUAUCCAGAUCUCUCGAAAUUAACAAAUUUCUCGCCCAGUGAAUUGGCGAAAAUUUCCGGUUUCUCAUUGAAUGACUUUACAAAGGCCUCGUCGUCGUAUAUGCGAAAUAUUGCCAGCCUCUUUGGACCACUUGGCAAGGCACCGGAAAUUCCUGAAAUCAAUGAGAGAAGAUCGAGUGAUUUUCCAACGGCGGACAUGAUACCGAGUCCCUAUAAAAUUUCCUCGUCGCCAACAUUGCAGGAACCGGUGAGAAAUUUAAUUGAGGAUUUCGGCGGUGAGAGAAAGAAGGAAAUGGGCGAGACUUCGAAUUAUAAAUUAAUAGAGGAUUUGGCGAUGUCAAAUGUGAAAAGUGAUUUUAGCGCAACACUGGAUAUGAGUACUAAGAAACAUCAUUCGGAUUCUGUGGAUACUUUGAAUCUUUCGAUGGACCGUUGAUCUUUGACUUUUAUUUGCUGGAGUAAAUUUUAAAUACUUUUUUUUUAUUUUAAAAUUCAUUUUUUUAUUUUUAAAUACAUUUUUUUUUAUUUUUAAAUACAAUAACGUCGUAUUGUUUUUACGAAAAACCAAUAGUUAUUAUGUGUUUAGAAAAUCAUUCAUUCAUUUUUUUUCUGCAUUAUAAUUUGUCAUACGAAGUCGUUACUCAAAAUCGAAAUUUCUCACGAUCUUGAAGUUGGCGUCGACAUUGAGUGUCGUCGAAAAAUAUUCUCUUCACACAAAAGCGAAAAGAAUAAAACAAUUUUUUCGAAAAAGAAAUCUGAAAAAUAUUUUUAACUUCCUACACUGCAAAAGAAUUUAAUCAAUUACUUGAGUAUUAUCAAUUAAAUCAAAAUCAAUCAAAUCAGUUGAAUUAAAUAAUUUUUAUUCCAGUCAAUUAAUAGGUUCAAUUCAUAUUUGCUUCAAAUACUGAAAUUAUUGGUUCAAAUUCAAAAUUUCAAAUACCGUUUAAUUGACUCAAAUAAAAAUU